AUGACAACAUAUCGCAUCCUUCAUGUAACUGGCUCGCCAUUCAACGAUUUUUAUUAUGGAUUGUCAUACCGAAAUGCUCAAUGUAAUUUGAAUAUGGCACCGUAUGUGCCAUUGUUACAAAAUUUUGUGAUCGCAGUGGUGACGGUUGAUGGCCAAUGGCGAUUUCCUUCAACCCUGAACGAAAAAGAUUUUGACGCCGCCAAGCCGAUGCCGCUAGCUGAAGCUAUACAGCUUAUAACGGCGCAGAAAAUUGAUCUGGUUAUGCCACACAUGUAUUGCAUUCAUGGAAUGACUCACUAUCGUGCAUUAUUCGAUAUGUUAAAGAUUCCUUAUAUGGGCAAUACGGCCGAAAUCAUGUCAAUCGCAGUUCAUAAAGAUAAAACGAAAGCAAUCGUUGCUGCGGCAGGAGUCAAAGUGCCUUUUGGUGAAAUAUUACGUCACGGAGAUGUACCGACUAUUCCACCUCCGGCAAUUGUGAAACCGACUUGUUGCGAUAAUUCUCUGGGAAUGUCUCUUGUCGAAGAUGCUAGUGGCUAUGAUACAGCUUUGACAAAAGCAUUUGAACAGGCCGACAAGGUUAUUGUCGAAACAUUUAUUCCACCCGGUAGAGAAGUGCGUUGCGGUAUCAUUGUCAAAGACGGUCAACUCAUCGCUCUGCCUAUUGAAGAAUAUGCAAUCGACCCGCAUGAGCGACCAGUACGAACUCAUGUUGAAAAGUUUCCAGAGUUAGAUGCUAAUGGGAAAUUUCUUGGCUGGCCAAAAGACUGGGGUACGCGAUAUUGGAUUGUCGAUUCUAAUGAUCCCGUCACCCAAAAAGUGCAAGACGUGGCAAAGAAGUGUCAUGUCGCCUUAGGCUGUCGUCAUUAUAGUGCAUUCGACUUUCGAAUCGAUCCAAGUGGAGAGCCCUGGUUCAUAGAAGCUGGUUUGUACUGUUCUUUCGAUGGUGGAGGUGGAAUUCCAUACAUGGCGAAAGCUUCUGGUAUAUCACUAGAUGAAUUAGUGGCAACAAUGAUAAAAGAAACGUUGAACUCGAAAGGGUAA